CAAUUUCAGACUGAUUGUUUUGAGUUGCAGCUCUCCAUUCCCCGACUCUCCAUUGCUCAGUUUUGCCAGUCAGGGGAAUAGAAAGAUGGUUGUAGCGCAGAAAGUGCAGGAAGCAGAGAUAACAGAGCAGGAUUCCCUGCUUCUGACGAGGAACUUACUGCGCAUCGCUAUAUUCAACAUUAGUUACAUCAGAGGCCUAUUUCCGGAGAAAUAUUUCAAUGAUAAGUCGGUUCCCGCCCUUGAGAUGAAGAUCAAGAAGCUUAUGCCCAUGGAUGCUGAAUCACGAAGACUCAUCGAUUGGAUGGAAAAAGGCGUUUACGACGCAUUGCAGAAAAAGUACCUGAGAACACUUCUAUUCUGUGUCUGUGAGGCAAUGGAAGGUCCGAUGAUCGAGGAAUAUGCAUUUUCAUUCAGUUAUUCAAAUUCUGAUUCCCAAGAGGUUUCAAUGAACAUCAAUCGUACUGGAAGCAAAAAAGGAGCCACUUUUAAGUCCAACACUUCGGCUGAUAUUACUCCCAACCAGAUGAGGAGUUCCGCCUGUAUGAUGGUCCGAACACUUGUUCAGUUGAUGAGAACUCUAGAUCGGAUGCCAGAAGAGCGCACCAUUUUGAUGAAACUCCUCUACUACGACGAUGUGACGCCUGCGGACUAUGAACCACCAUUCUUCAGAGGCUGCACCGAGCAAGACGCCAAUCAAUCCUGGGCAAAAAACCCUCUAAAAAUGGAGGUUGGCAAUGUCAACAGCAAGCAUUUCGUAUUAGCUCUAAAGGUUAAAAGUGUCCUAGAUCCUUGUGAAGACGAGAACGACAUUCAUGACGAUGAGGAAGUGAGCUUGGGAGUGGACUCUGUACAACGAGAAGAUUCCUCAACCUCAGAUAGCGAGGUUGAUCUUUCAGACGACGAUCGAUAUAUAGUUGCACCUGUUGAUAAACAAAGAACAUCAGAAGGAAAUGGUAUGGUUGAUGACGACAAUACACAGGAUGCGGUCGAGGACGAGCAACAAUUGUACCGGGUAAAGGAUUGGAUCAUCUCUCGCCACAUCGACUCUGUUGACCUCACUGAUGUUCUCUCUAACUUCCCUGACAUAUCCUUGGUUUUGACUGAAGAAAUCAUUGACAAACUCGUAAAAGAAGGUGUUCUAUCAAGGGCCGGAAGGGACAAUUUCACCAUUAAUAAGCUAAAGAAUCUCGACUCUGAGUUUGCUGCCGUUAAAGAAGAAAAGGAGGCUCAAGAAAUUCCACUUGGUGAUGAUGUUCCCAAGAGUAGCAAAGAUGACUACAUGUACAUGAAGGCUUUGUAUCAUGCUCUGCCAAUGGAAUAUGUUACAGUACCGAAGCUUCAGAGCAAGCUGGAAGGAGAAGCUAACCAAGCUACAGUGAAAAAGCUGAUCGAAAAAAUGGCGCAGGAGGGAUUUGUUGAAGGCACAGGCAACCGAAGACUAGGGAAGCGUGUCAUCCACUCGGAGACGACCAAUAGGAAGCUACAGGAGAUCAAAAAUGCGAUAACCUUGGACAACAAAACCGUGGCAAUGGUGAUUAUCGAGCAUAGCAAAUCGAACGGGAGCAAACAAAGGGACAUGUCCACCUGCGGCGGCCUCCGCUCCAUCGGAUCUGAUCUUACACGCACACGAGGGAGGUCCGACACGCAUCAGAAUGGUUCGAUUAGGGGUGACCAGGAAGCAGGAGAGCACGGGAACACUCCCAUGAGCAAGCCGGUGGCUUCGAGAGAAAGUGGCGUUCCGAGGAAUGAGCACGAUGGAGCGAACGGGAGGAACACUCACUGUGAUGAAGGUGACGCCCCCAUAUGUAGUCGAUCAUCAACCCAAGAGAAGCGAUCCAGGAAAGCGAGCACGGUUAAGGAUCCUAUUCUUCAGUAUGUGAAGCGCCAGAGAUCGCAAGCCGUGUGAUAAGGGGAUAAGUAACAGUGUCGUGGCUGAGAGAUCGUGAUUCGCUCCAUCAAUAAGCUCGCCAGGACCCCUUUUUGCUCUAAUUUUUCACCUGUUCUCGCCCUUUUCAACUCUAAUUGUAACAGCUUAAGUUUCCCCAUUUUGAAGACCAGACACCGUAGGUAUGAAGAGGAAUUUGAACAUGUUUGAAAGAGAUUAUCCAGGAGGGACUAGUUCUCCUUCCAGGGGCAGUUCAUGGUGGUUGUAAUUUUGUAGACAAGGAGAUGUCAAGUCCACCGUUAAAAAUUUUAGUCAUUUGAAAUAAUU